GAGGAGUGAGUGGCUGCCUGGCAGGCAGGAAGUGGCUCUGCGGGAUUGUGAGGGAGACUGCGAGGGAGAGGGGGCCUCGUUGGGUCCCCCAGAUUUCCCUAAGGGUGUCAGACAGCUUGGGUCUGUUAAGGAAGGGAGGAGUCCGUGAAUCAGUUCCAGGCUGCAAAGUAGAAUCUGCUGGAUGAAGGAGUUUCUUCAAGCUCCCCAAAAUCCCACAUUUGGAUCAUCGGAUGUGCAACCUAAAGGAGCAAGCCGACCCCUCCCCACCUUGAACCUGUGUGACAUGGCACAGGCCAGAGCUUAUUUUGAGCCCAUUGUUUCCUGUUGUACAACCACAGAUCUUCUCUGGUGAGCGUCCCCCAGCCUGACCCAGGGCAUGCCCCAGUUCACUUUCGCCUGCUUCUGUGGCCUCCACGGCUUCUGCAAGAUGAAGAGGAAGAAGGAGGACGUUCACAGAGAGCGGGAAACAGCAGUGUGAGCAGAACCAGGGCCCCUUUGUCACUCCCUAGCAGGUUCCGGGCCUGAAGCUGCCCACUGCUGCUGAAGCUGGCAGCAGGAAGCCAGCAGGAAGCAUCUUGCAUCAUGAUUGAGCGGCUGCUCCUCUCUCUCCCCCGGCUUGGCCAGACUCUAACCUGAGGGCAUCCACCUCCUGAAUGCCUCCUGGGCAUCCUCAUGCCCACACCCAUUAGCUUCCAAUCUUCAGACCUCCCUGGAAAGAGGUCUCCACUGGAGAAAGGGAGACCAGGACCUUCCACUUGCCUUUGCAGACACUGAGAAGCCCCAGGGAGGCCACGGAGUGGAGAUUCUCUCCUGCCCUGAGAGCUCUGGGGACUCUUCUCAGAAUAACCUUCCUGGGAGGGACACUCUGCCUUGGAUGAGGAGAGCUGAUACUCAAUAGGAAACUCCAGCAAAGAACCACCCAGCAGCCCUGCGGACCCUGGUUGAGGGCUAAGGCUUGUCUGGUACUUGGAGGUAUGAAAUGACCACCUCCAAGUCAGGAUGGGGUCUCUGUGGGGACCCUAGGACCUGGGACUGCAGCAUUCGUGAGACAUGAAUCUUUCCCGGCUCCUUCCCAAUGUCCUCCUGGGCCAUGUGGACCAGGCCUGAGGUGGAGAGUAGAGCCGGACACAGAGGCCAGGCAGCGGUGACCCUGCUCUCUCUCCAUCCAGCACAAGGCAGUCUUUCUGUGGCUUUGGCCCUGACCCACCCACUUCCCUGAGGCCUGUGCCUCCCUGGCAGCAGCACAGAUGUGGGGGGACCUGCCUCCCAGGCACUGAUCCCUUUCUCAGGGACUGUCUACCAGGGGCCAGACUGUGGGCCCCUUUCCUGGACUAAGCUGUGACCCCCAUUUAUUCCAUCUCCCUGCCUCACCCUGCUUUUCUGUUCUCAGGAGCCAUGGGGGUGGGGAUGCUGGCAUGUGGUGCCUUCAGGGGAAACUUAGGGUAGGGGGACCUCUUGGGCUUCCCUUGACUUUUCCCCUCAUUGUCCCACCCAUCAGCCCUCUGGCACUGUUUCCGACACCCCUUCCCCAGCUCAUUUCCAGGAGGUAGGAAGCAAAAGAAAACCCUUCCCCUUUCCUCCCUCUCUUUCCCUCUUUCCCUCACUCUUUCUUCUCGCCCUCCCUCCUUGCCUCUCCGCCCCUUUGGUCAUCAUGCCUGGAGCUGGUGCUGUGGGGGGCUCAUGGACAAGAAAGCCAGUGACAAGAGACCCUCUGAGCAGAUUCUGUUGCUUCAGCAGGCCCGCUGCCAUCUUCAUGGGGACGACCAGCGCAGGACCCAUCACAUCCCCACCAGCAUCCAGAGACAGAUAAGCAGGUGGCCUGGUAUGGGAGGUUGGGGCCAAAGGGCCGAAGGAGCACUGCACUCCCCUUUCCCUGGAACGUGGGAGGACAGAGGCCUCUGCAGAACCUGGCAGCCUUGGCCUGCCCAGCCCACGCCCACACUCAGGGGCAUUUCCUGGGCUCUGGGCAGAUUUGGUGGGAUCAAGGUUGUCUUGGUGUGGUCGGAGUGCAGCUUAAGAGUUCUUUCCUCCAUCCUCCAACCCCCUCCUUUGCCCCUGCCUCCCAGCCCCAGCCCGCGACAAUCUGUUAUUUCCUUUUAUAUCCAAAGAAUUAUAAACAGAAGUCCUUCCCUCAAGCUAACAGCAAGAUUCAGCAGUAAAGGCCAGUGGGGUCACAAGGGACAGAAGAA